AUGGGAUUGGAUUGUUCUACAUCCAGAAAACCUAUGAUUGAUACAAUUUCAUAAGAAUUCCUUAAAACAAUAAAAAAGAAAUUCCCCAUUGCCAAUUAAAUUUUAAAAUCAGAUGUUUCUCCGAUAAUUAAUACUCCUGUCUUAAAAAUUAAAGACAAAACAUAUCUAAAACUUGAAAGUCACUAAACUUCUGGUAGUUUUAAAAUUAGAGGAGCCUUCUUAUUUUUUCAAGAUUAACCUAAUAAAUAAAUAGUGGUUGCUAGUACAGGUAAUUUUGCUAAGGCAUGUUUUUAUGCAUAUUAAAGUUGUUAAGAAGAAACUAAUAAUUAAAGUGAAAUCUUUUAAUAAGAAGAAAAACAAAUAUAAUAAUAGAUUAAAUAAGAUGAAUAUAAUACUCCUACUCCUUUACCUGAUUUUUAAUAAUAAUAAGAAUAAUAAUAAUAACAAUUAUAAUAAAAAUAAGAAUACCUUUAAGAAGAACUUAAUAAAUCUAAAUUAAUUAUUUUUGUACCUGAAAAUGUAAAUAAAGACAAAUUAAAAGAUAUUAAAUGUCCAAUUAUUUAUAUAGGUUAAGAUUGUAUUGAAAGUGAAAUUAAAGCUAGAUAAUAUGCUGAAUAACAUAAUAGCUUUUAUGCUUCCCCUUAUAAUGAUAUAAAUAUGAUUUUGGGUAGUUGUACUAUAGGAGAAGAAUUAGAUACUUAGUAAUAAAAUGAUUCUAUAUAUUUAGUUUUAAUUCUUUAAAUGAAGAACUUGAUUUCAUUUUUGUAUCUUGUGGAGGAGGUGGAUUGAUUGGAGGAAUAGCAUUAUAUUUUAAAUAUUUAAAAAAUAAAACCACUAAAAUUAUUGGGGUUUAACCAAAAAAUAAUGCAGCUAUGUACAAUGUAUUUUUAUAUAUACAAUUAGAUUUUACGUAAUAAAAGUGAUUAAAAAUUACUUGAAACACUAUCUGAUGGAACAUCUGGAGGAGUAGAAGAAAAUGCUAUUACUAUCGAAAUUUGCAGGCAUCUUGUUGAUGAUUGGAUUCUAGUAAAAGAAGAUCAAAUACGAGAUGCCUAAAUAAAACUAUUGAAUGAACAUAAACUUGUGGUUGAAGGAGCUGCAGCUUUGGCUUAUGCUGGCUUCAUGAACUAUCCAAUAGGACGUCUUACGUGUUUAAUUGUAUUAUGUGGAUCUAAUAUUGAUCCACAUAAGAUUAUCCUUAAAAAUCAUUGA